AUGCCCGGUCGAGAACCGCCCGACCAUGAUCCCCUGGACGCCGUACUCCGUCCCCCGAUCGACGAGACGCCGGAAGAGAAGGCAUUUCGUCUCGCACAGGAGGAGGACGCUCGGCGCGUGAGUCAGGCCAUCGACGAGAGUAUCCGACUCGAGAAACAGCAGCGGAAGAAGAUGAAGGUCGUCCGCCUGCUGCUGCUCGGCCAGAGCGAGUCUGGCAAGUCAACUACGCUGAGACAAUUCCAGCGACUAUACACGCCAUCGGCGUUUCGAGAAGAGCGCAUCCUCUGGCACUCAAUCAUCCAGUUAAACCUCAUCCGUUCCAUCCAAAUCAUCAUGGACACGCUCGCCGACGUCAGGCCACAUGAACUGCCCUCCUCCCCUCCAUCCCCAACUGACUCGGACGCUGAAACUGACUCUAAUUCUGCCGACGCGCCCGUGCUACCCACACACCUGUCUGCGAUCCUUGCGCGGCUCGCACAUCUGAAGCAUGUCGAGGCGCUGCUCAUUGCGCGACUCGUGCCUCCGUCCGAGGAGGCGCCGUACCUCCCGCAGCAUGGAAUAGGGCAAGGCCAUGUGCGCAUUAACUCGACGCGUGAGGUGUUCGUGCGCCCGGGGAAGCAUGCGCUGAGGCAGGGAGGGUGGGAGUCUAAUGUAAGCGCAGGCGGUGUGGGCCCGCCCAUGGUGGGGCAGGCGUCACAAGAGACGGCGAGCGAGGUACAGGCAGCGCUAUUCCAGUGUCAUGAGGACCUGAUUGCGCUGUGGCAUGACCCAACGGUCAGAACGAUUUUAAGAUUGAGGAAGAUUAGACUAGAAGAGGGCCCGGGAUUCUUCCUCGAUGAGCUCGAUCGUAUCACAUCCAUGAAGUACACUCCUUCGGAUGACGAUGUCCUGAAAGCUCGUCUAAAAACCGUUGGCGUCUCGGAGUACCGCUUCGAGAUGGAGGCCGGAACCGAGCAAGGCACACAAUGGCGUAUUAUCGACGUCGGCGGAUCGAGGAGCCAAGUGCAGACGUGGGUGCCUUUCUUUGAUGACGGUGCGUCGAUCAUUUUCCUCGCACCUAUUUCCGGCUUCGAUCAAACGCUCGCGGAAGAUAAGAGCGUCAAUCGACUGGAAGACAGCGUCCUCCUCUGGAAGGCGGUCUGCGCAAACAAACUGCUCGCGCGGGUUGACCUCGUGCUAUUUCUGAAUAAAUGCGAUAUCCUUGCCGCGAAGCUCGCCUCGGGUAUCCGGCUGGCGAAAUAUGUCCGCAGCUUCGGCGAGCGACCGAACGAUUCGGAAACAGCAGAGAAAUACUUCCGGAGUAAGUUCAACGCGAUACAUAGAGAGUAUUCGCCUAUUCCGCGAAAAUUCUAUGGAUUCUGCACAUCAGUUACGGACACAACUACAACGGGCGGUAUCAUUGCAAGCGUGCGAGACAUGGUCGUGCGCGAACAUCUACGCGCGUCAAAGCUGCUAUGA